AUGAGUAAUCUAUCGGAUAUCGGAAGCGCUUUGAAUCAAGAUGAAAAAGACUACAUCGAGUACAUUGGAGUCGGCGUAGCCCAUCAUAAGCCACCGGCGAAAAAGAUGCGACUAACGACGUCAUCUGUAUCGUCACUCAUCGUGAAUUCAGAAGUCAAUCAGGAGCCGAAGAGUAUCGACGUCUUCGCAAGCUCUCAACCGUCGAAUGAUGGAUACGAAACGUGUCGAGAAUCGAUUGGAGAUGAGGAAACGAGUGGAAAUCCGGCUGAAAAUGGUCAAAAAUUGGCUGAAAAUGACCAAAAAAUGGCUGAAAAUGCUCAAAAAUCCGUUGAAAAUGGUCAAUUUUUGGCUGAAAAUGCUCUAGAAAUCGAAUCGGAAUACGUCGCCGACUCCCAGGAAGUCGAAUCCGAGGGUUCUAUGGAAAUCGGAGAGGUUUUCGAUGAAACAGAGAUUUAUGAGGCUGAAAAACGAGAAAAAUCUGCUGAAAACAAGCAAAAUGAGUCGAAUUCGAGUCAAGAGGAUGAGGAAGUGCUGAAAGAGAUGGAAAUCGAGAUGAAGACGGCAGAAGAGAAUUCACUCCAAAAAUCACCGUCAUCUCAAGACAUUUUUGACUACGAAUCAGACAAAUAUCCACAGAUUCUGGAGGAUUCAGAAUCCACUGACGUCGUCAGAAGACGACCGGAUGAAGAAGAGGAGACGAUGGAAGUGGAUGAAAAAGAAGAAGAAGACGUCAGAAUGGAGAAUCAGGAAGAGAUGAAUACAGUAGCCGUCGUCGUAGCAGAAGAAGAAGACGUCGAAGAACAGAAAAGUGAGACGAAAUCAGAGAGUUUGUGCCGAAAGAAGAUAGAACGUGUCUCGUUGGAACCGAAUUCUGGCGAUGAAGCCGAAGAGAUCGUCUUAUCAGAAGACGAUGAGAAAUCAGAAGACGUGAAGGCUGCUCCAGAAGACAAAAAGCCCACGACGACGUCACCCGUUGCUCCGAAGUCUAAACCGGCUCCUCGUCCCCGUCCAGACAAUAAAUAUCUCAUAUUCAAACCGGAUUUUCAGUCGCCGAAUUGUAAUCCGAAAACGAAUUACAGAUACUGUGAAGUGAAUGAGAUGCAGAAGCAGGCAGAAUUUUACCGAUCUGGAAUAGAACGUGUCAUCAUCAAUCAGGAUAAAUACAGUAAGAAGACAUGGAGAGAUUUGCCGAAUCCAAGAUACGAGAUGUACAAGAAUUUACUGACUGGAUACGCGAGAGAGAAUCGAUACAAAACGGACUGUUUGAUGUUGUUCAGUGGCCUGAUCCACGAUAUGUGCGGAAUGACAGUCUAUCAUCCAUUCCCGGCGCUCUUUGGAUAUUUCUCCAAAUAUGAAUCGUAUCAAGGAAACAAUCGAUACGCGUUGGAUCAAUUCGGACGAGUCGUACAGAUUGCGUUGUCUGGUUAUCAGUUGUUGCCAGAGCGUAUCUACUGUCUGAUGGGCCAAGUUGAAUCGGCUACACUCUCCCAUCGACAGUGUGCUGCUCUCAUCGCCAGAAUGUUCUUCACCUCAACUGCUCCCAACUUUUUGGGAAUACUGAACUCUAACUCGCCGGUUGCCAUUGAAAAACUCCGUUUCCUUUUCGCCUACUUCGAUCGAAUCUCGGCGAAUCCACCCCAGGGAGUCGUCAGUUUCAGACGAAUCAGCAGACAUGAGGAAACAUUGAGAACAACGAAAUGGAGAGAGAGAAAAUUCCAGAAACUUCCAGAAGUGACGAUGAUUGACGACGAGAGAAUUGAACAGGCGACACAGUGCACGCAAGUUGAUUUUGCAAACGCAUUUCUCGGUGGAGGAGUGACGAAAGAGGGAUCUGUUCAGGAAGAAAUACGAUUCCUGAUGUGUCCAGAGAUGAUUGUCGGAAUGUUAUUGAGCAAGACAGCAAUGCACAACACAGAAUCAUUCUCAAUCAUCGGUGCAUAUGUAUACAGUUCGUACGACGGAUACGGAAAAUCUCUGAAAUGGAAGCCAUUGCAACCGGAAGACGCUGAUCAGAACGACUCGUCUCUCCGUGAUAAAUACGGACGUCUUCCGGUCGAAACGAUUGCAAUCUAUGCGAUUCAAUACAAUCGAUGGAAUGCAUUAAGAGAACAAGUCGACGGAGAGAAUAUCAUUCGAGAGAUUCUCAAAGCAAUCACCGGAUUCACGGCUCAAGAAGGACACCCGUUCGAGACGGUUCCGAUUCGGACGGGAUGGUGGGGGUGUGGAGCAUUCGGAGGGUGUAAACAGAUGAAAUUCAUGAUCCAAGUGAUUGCCGCCGGAUACGCUCGCCGCCCCCUCCAAUUCUGUACAUUUGGAGAGACGAAGCUCUCGGAGCAAUGCAGAAAACUGAUGGAAAAGUUGAAGGCCAAAGAUGUCACUAUUGGUACCCUCUUCGGAAUGCUCAGAAGGCUCGAUGCGCUGCCGACACUCACCGACAGUACCGUCUUCGAUUACAUCUCCACGACGAUCAGCGAUCCCGGAUGGAAGCAAGCCACGCCUCCCGUCCAGCAUCAAGUACAGUAA